AUCUAAUCGGAGAAAAAAGAAAUGUGCCUUUUUUACUAUACAACGUCCAAUGGUCUGACACUCUUGACUGUGUGACAGUGUGUGCGGCUUCCAGCUCUCUUGGCAAAUCCUUCCACCAUUCCACGCGAUUUUCUCGGCUCGGCAGUCGGCACCCGCCAUCUCCCGCGCGGCAGCGCCCCGCCCGCCCAUGAACGCUCGACGCCUUCACAAAUGGGCGGCCACCGCGCGGCUGGUGCUCCUCCUCUUAGCCGCUGCUGCGGCGGCGGCGGCGGCGGCGGCGGGGCGCAGGGAGGUGGUGACCUCGCCGCACGGCGCCGUGGCGGCGGACGACGGGCGGUGCUCGAGGAUCGGGCGCGACGCGCUCCGCGACGGCGGUAACGCCGUGGACGCCGCCGUCGCCGCGUCGCUCUGCCUCGGCGUCGUCAGCCCGGCGUCCAGCGGGGUCGGCGGCGGCGCCUUCAUGCUCGUCCGGCUCGCCGACGGCACCGCCCUCGCGUACGACUCCCGCGAGACCGCCCCCCUCGCCGCCUCCCAGGAUAUGUAUGGUGGCAACGAAACGCUGAAAGCAAGGGGAGCUCUAUCCAUAGCAGUUCCAGGGGAAAUUGCAGGUCUGUAUGAGGCAUGGAAGCGCCAUGGCAAGCUUCCUUGGAAGAGGUUAGUGAUGCCAGCAGCAAAGCUUGCCCGUGCAUUCAGAGUGUCACCUUAUCUGAGGAAGCAGAUGGAGGCAACCAGAGAUGGAAUUCUCCAAAAUAAGGGAAUAAGUGGAGUGUACACCUCAAAUGGAGAUAUCCUUAAUGUUGGAGAUGUAUGCCGCAACAUUAGGCUUGCAAGAACACUGGUGGCUGUCGCGGAGAAAGGGCCGGAUGUGUUCUACAAAGGCGCAGUUGGUGAUCAGCUGGCGAAGGAUAUUCAGGAAGUUGGAGGGAUCAUAACAAUGGAAGAUCUGAAGAAAUACCAAGUUAAGAUACGUCGGCCACUUUUAGAGAAUGUAUUGGGACUGACAGUAUUAAGCAUGCCUCCUCCUUCAGCUGGUGGUGCUGGGCUAAUGCUUGUUCUGAAUAUCCUUACUCAGUAUGGCCUCCCUGCUGGUUUUUCUGGCUCACUUGGGAUCCAUCGUCUAAUUGAGUCCUUGAAGCAUUACUUUGCAAUAAGGAUGAACCUUGGCGACCCUGAGUUUGUAAAUGUUAACGAAGUCGUCUCUGAUAUGAUGUCCCCUAAAUUUGCUGCUGACCUGAAGAAAACCAUCUAUGAUAACAUGACAUUUGACCCUAAACACUAUGGUGGCAGGUGGAACAUCCUUCAGGACCAUGGAACAAGCCACCUGUCCAUCGUCGACAGCGAGAGGAACGCCGUUUCGAUGACCACCACUGUCAACGCGUACUUUGGAUCCCUGAUCCUGUCUCCGAGCACAGGCAUUUUGCUCAACAACGAGAUGGACGACUUCUCCAUGCCGGCGAACACGUCGGCCAACUCUCCGCCGCCUGCCCCCGCCAAUUUCGUUAGGCCUCUGAAACGGCCUCUCUCCUCGAUGACUCCGACGAUAAUACUCAAGGAUGGCAAUCUGAAGGCUGCGGUUGGAGCUAGUGGUGGGAGCAUGAUCCCUGCUGGAACCAUGGAAGUGCUCCUCAACCAUUUCGUCAAGAACAUGGACCCGUUGUCCUCUGUCAUGGCGCCAAGAGUGUAUCACCAGCUGAUCCCGAACGUGGUCCAGUACGAGAACUGGACGACGGUGACCGGCGACCACUUCGAGCUGGACGCCGCGACGAGAGCCGACCUGCGGAGGAAAGGCCACGUCUUGGAGCCGCUCGCCGGAGGGACCAUCAGCCAGCUCGUCGUGGACGACGUCGAGCGCCACGGCGGUCUGACCGCCGUCAGCGACCCCAGGAAAGGCGGCUUCCCGGCCGGCUAUUAGACCGGAGUGGCUGAGCUAUAGCUGCCUAGCUUUGAUGCAGCGAUGAUUGCUUGCUGCGCCAUUCAUGGACAUAUUUGUACACGUCGUUCUGUUCUAUGAUUCUAUCGAAUAAAUAAUACUCCCUCAGCUUAUAAAAUGUUUUAACUUUGAUCAAACUUAAACUGCUUCAAAUUUAACUACUCCAUCCGUUUUACAAUGUAAGUCAUUCUAUUAUUUCCUAUAUUCAUAUUGAUGCUAAUGAAUCUAGACAUAUAUACCUAUCUAGAUUCAUUAGUAUCAAUAUGAAUGUGAAAAAUGCUAGAAUGACUUACAUUGUGAAACGGAAAAAAUAGUUUAUAGACAAAUAUAGAAAUAUUUAUAAACUUGGUCAAACUUGAAGCAGUUUGAUUUUGAUUAAAUUCAGAAUAUUUUAUAACUUAAAACGGAUGGAGUAAUAACUGCAGUGAAUUUUAAAUUUUUGUUU